GGUAAUGAUAUGUUUACGGCUUACAUUGAAUAAAAUAGUGAUUUGUUUGCGGCAUUUUUGUGAGCUGAGAAAAGAAAUAAAUGGGCGUGUAGAAAGGAAAUUUCUAAUUUCUAUAUUAUUGUGAAAUGGAAACGAGUACCGAGCAAACUCCCGCAACUACGGAAACCGCUUCUAAUAAUGAGCAAGAACACAAUGAAGAGGGCAUGGAAGAAACUGAAGAUUACAGUUUCGACGGUGAAGAUUAUAGGCAUUUCGUACCACGGGGUCGAGGAGGGUUUAGGGGUCGUGGCAGAGGUGGGUUUGAUUUUCCCAUGAGAGGUGGACCUCCGAGAUUUAGAGGAAGAGGAUUUGGACCUAGGGGACCGAUGUUUCGUGGAGCAAAUAACGGAUUUCCAUUUGAGGGACCACCUAGGCCAAAUUGUCCACCGGGUCCAGCAGGACCACGUUUCCGAGGGCCUCCGCCGUUCGAUCCUAGUUGGGGACCUAUGGGGCCACCAAAUCUGAUGGGACCGCCAAAUCUUAUGGGACCUCCAGGAAUGCCACCACCACACAUGAUGAAUGGCCCAAUUGGGACAGGUCCUGGACCUUAUGGACCACCUCCUGGAAUGGGACCACCCAAUAUGAAUAACAUUCCAGGUCAACAGCAGCCCCCGCAACAACAGGCGCAACAAGCAAACAUUCCAGGCUUAGAUCUCAAUGGAGAGGUAUGGGUAGAAACAAAAACGCCAGAUGGUAAAUCAUAUUAUUAUAACAUUCGUACAAGGGAAACUACAUGGACAAAACCAGAGGGACCAAAUGUUAAGGUCAUGGUGCAAGAUCAGUUAGAACAAUUGGUACAUGGAGCAUCUAAACAAACAGCCCCAACUGGCACUCCUGCUUCUACGGCUACUACUCCUAAUCAAAUUAAUGAAAAUAGGGUGUCUCAAAAUAGCGAACAAUCUUCGACAAAUAACGCAGAUGCUAUCAGUCAACUUAGUACUGCUCCACCUGGUACAGGGCCACCUCCUACGCUUGGUGAAACACCAGACAUGAAUGCACAACCAGCUGACACAACACAAGCAAAUGGUACAGCACCUACAACUGUAACUAAUACCCCAACUAUGAAUACCCCAGCAGUAAAUACAAAUAUGAUGCAACCUCCUCCUAAUAUGAUACCUAUGCAACACAGGAUGCCAAAUCAAUUUGGUGGUCCAAUUGCAACACAAUUUGGAGCAGCACCAUUUGGUAUGCCACCGCCAGGGUUCCAGCCUUUUGGAGGCUAUGGUCCACCACAAGCAAAUUGGGGUAUGCCACAAAUGCCACAUGGAGUCAUGGCUCCACAAGCUCCAGCAGAAGAUCCUGCUAUAUUAGCUCAGUUGGAUCAGGAACUAGUAGCAUCUGCUAUGGUAUGGACAGAACAUCGUGCUCCGGAUGGAAGAUUAUAUUAUUAUAAUAGUAAAGCUGGAGAAUCUGUUUGGGAAAAGCCACAAGCUCUAAAGGAUCUCGAAAAUGCAAAAUUAGCGCUACGGCAAAAAGCAGAAGAAGCAGCUACCAUCUCUACGAAUACCGCCGUGACUACUUCCACCGUUACUAAUAACAAUGUAACCACAGAAGCCACAAAACAAGAAAAACCUCAAGAAAGUAAUCACGAAACCAAAGAUAGUGUAAAAGAAACAGACGCUAAUAAACCGAAAAAGGAGGAAACAGCGCCUAAAGAAGCUGCCAAACCUCAAGACAAAUCAAGACCAAUCUCUAGUACACCAGUACCUGGAACUCCUUGGUGUGUUGUUUGGACGGGCGACGGACGCGUAUUCUUUUAUAAUCCCUCAUCGCGUAUUUCUGUCUGGGAAAGACCAGAUGAUCUCAUUGGUCGUCAAGAUGUCGAUAAAAUGGUGUCUACUCCGCCAGAUGCAGUGGUAGCUACGAAACCGACGCGUCAAUCGGAUACAAGUGAAAGCAGUGAUGAUGAACCAGUACCAGCAAAAAAGAUGAAACAGGAUGAUACAAAAACCACAGCGCCAAAAGAAGAGGAGGAGAAAGAGAAUAAAAAAACUAUCGAUAUCGGAAAGGAGGCUGCAAUAGAGGCAGAAGUACGAGCUGCUAGAGAAAGGGCGAUUGUUCCUUUGGAGACAAGAAUUAAAUCGUUUAGGGAUAUGCUUGCAGAGAAAGAUGUAUCCGCGUUUAGUACUUGGGAGAAGGAGCUUCACAAAAUUGUAUUUGACCCCCGAUACUUGCUUUUAACAUCAAAGGAGAGAAAACAAGUUUUCGAGAAGUACGUAAAGGAGAGGGCGGAAGAAGAGAGGCGGGAAAAGAGGAACAAAAUGAAGGAACGGAAAGAACAAUUUCAAAAGUUGCUAGAAGAAGCUGGUCUUCACGGGAAAUCUUCAUUUAGUGAUUUUGCUCAAAAACAUGGGCGUGAUGAACGGUUUAAGAAUGUAGAAAAGAUGCGUGAACGGGAGAGCCUAUUCAACGAAUAUCUGCUGGAAGUGCGAAAGAAGGAAAAAGAGGAAAAAACAGCAAAACGAGAACAGGUGAAAAAGGAAUUCAUAGCGAUGCUACGUGAACACAAAGACAUCGACAGACAUUCGCAUUGGAGCGAUUGUAAGAAAAAGUUGGAAUCAGAUUGGAGGUACAGAGUCGUAGAGUCAGCAAGCACGAGGGAAGAUUGGUUUAGGGAUUACAUUCGUAUGCUAAAGGAGGAGAGGAAAAAGGAAAAGGAGAAAGACAAAGACCACCGGCACAGAGAUAAAGAUCAUCACAAGUCCGAGAAGAAAGAUAGGGACCGAAAGGAUGUUGAUAAGUACAAGGAUAAAUCGUCAAAGGAUCGGCUUGAUAAGGACAGUUCGAAGGAUAAAAAACGCAGGAUCGAAGCAACUUCGGAGGAAAACGGCAAGGAAAAAAAGGAGGCAGUGUCAGAGAAGGAAAGCGGAGAAAUCGAAGAUAACGAUGAAAAACCAUCAAAAAAGGAGAAUGAUAAGGAGAACACGGAAGACCAAUCUGAUUCAGAAGAAGAUCGUGAGAAACAGAAACGAGAACGUGAAAGAAGAGCAGAGGCCAGUCUUCGUGAGAGAGAAAGAGAAGUUCAGAGGACUCUUGCUACGCAUCUUCGUGAUAGAGAUAAGGAAAGGCAGCACCAUCGUCAUACAGAGGCAGUACAGCACUUUAGUGCACUUCUUGCAGACUUGGUAAGGAAUGGUGACUUAGCAUGGCGGGAAGCGAAACGACAAUUGAGGAAAGAUCAUAGAUGGGAAUUAGCUGAAAGUUUAGAUCGCGAGGAAAAAGAAAGACUAUUUAAUGAACACAUAGAACAGCUUAGUCGUAAGAAACGUGAUAAGUUCCGCGAGCUGCUCGAUGAGGUAGGCGCUUCUACUGAACUUACCGCUUCAUGGAGGGAUAUUAAAAAAUCAUUAAAAGACGAUCCUAGAUAUCUCAAAUUUUCGUCUAGCGAUCGGAAAUGCGAAAAGGAGUUCAAAGAGUACAUUAAAGAUAAACUUGUUGCGGCCAAGGCCGAUUUUAGGGAACUUCUUCAAGAAACAAAACUUAUCACUGAUAAAACAUAUAAAAAGGUGCAAGACAAUAGUGCACAUUUAGCUGAAAUUGAAGAAAUUUUAAGAAAAGAUCGAAGAUUUCUCGUAUUGGAAGCGGCCGCUGCUGAACGAACGCGGCUGUUAAUGGGAUAUUUAGAAGAAUUGGCACGUAGGGGUCCACCUCCACCGCCUACUGCCUCAGAACCUUCGAGAAGACCAACCACAAACUAACGCAGCCCGCAUCAAAGCAUGGUAUAUAUAUGGUAUCCAAAUAACAAAUCAAUGAUUGAAUUUAUAGCUGUAGUUGAAUUGAAGUACUUUACACACAAGAUGAUUAUCGCCUGUAAUUAUAGGAAUCAAUAAAACUAACGCCAAUUCCACACAGCUAAAAAUGUGUGUCAUACUGUAAAGAUGCCAUAGUGUAAGCAUAUCAUAUCAUUAUUUGUUGGAUUACGUUAAAGUAGACGCUAGUUAAUGAAAGAAUUAGUAAUAUUACAUAAUAAUAUCAUAAAGUGCGAAUUUUAUACAUAUUUUAUCUAGGUUUGUUAGAUAACCACCCCAUUACGAAUAUUUUGUAUGAAAAUUACAUGAAAAUUAUAAUAACCAGUGUUUAUUGCAUUCACGACUAGUUUAAAAUCAUGCGCAGUGAAUUUCUACAAACCGAUGUUAAAAUAUAAUAGCUUAAAAAAGUGUUGAUAAUUAUAUCUAAAACAAAAAAAAAAUGUGUAACAUACGACAAUCAUACAUAGUAAUUUUUUGAUGGAAUAUAAUUCGGAAAUUAUAUUUUCA